AUGGCCGCGGCAAAAAUUACACACAUUGCUGUCCUCCUUGCACUUCUUUUCAGCAUUAUUUCCACCACCCGGUGUCGUCUCAUCGGAGUCAUUCAUAAUGAUUCCGAUGACAUUGAUAAUGACUCGGAUGACAAUGACUCCGAUGAGACGACAACAAUCCCGGCCGAUGAGGGCCAAGUGGACAGUUGGUUUAAGAGCAAUGUGAAACCGUAUACCGACCGGAAGGACAGUUUGGACCCUGCUCUUGUGGCGGCCGAGGCCAAUUCCAAACUGCUUAAGGUGAGGAAAGAUGGAGGUGGCGAUUUCAGGACGGUGAGUGAAGCACUUAAGAGAAUCCCAGAUCACAACACUCAACGAGUCGUCGUGUUGAUUGGGCCCGGAACAUAUACCGAGAAAAUCAAGAUUGAUCGAGCCAAGCCAUUUGUCACCUUGUACGGUGACCAAAAAAAUAUGCCAACUUUGAUUUUUGGCGAUACAGCAGCCCAGAAAGGAACUCUGGACAGUGCUUCAUUGACAGUUGAAGCUGAUUACUUCAAUGCUGUUAAUCUUAUUAUUGGGAAUUCGGCACCAAGGCCGGACGGCAAGAAAAAGGAUGCACAGGCUGUGGCGUUGAGAAUCUCCGGCGACAAGACGGCAUUCUAUAACUGCAAAGUCCUUGGAUUUCAAGACACCCUUUGUGACGACAAAGGCAAACAUUUCUUCAAGGACUGCUACAUUGAAGGCACUGUUGAUUUCAUCUUUGGCAACGGCAAAUCUCUAUAUUUGAGCACAGAAUUACAUGUGAUAGAAGGUGACGGUAUGGCAAUGAUCACGGCACAAGCAAGACAUACCGAUUCAGAAGAUGCCGGCUACUCAUUUGUCCAUUGCAAAGUUACUGGCGCAGGCAAACAUGCUGCCUUAAGCAGAGCUUGGAUGCCUUACUCCAAGGUAAUAUAUGCCUACACUGAAAUGAGUGAUGCGGUCAAGCCCGAAGGAUGGUCAAAUAACUUCCACCCGGAAAAUGAAAAGUCAGUUACUUAUGGAGAAUACAAGAAUAAGGGUCCAGGGUCCAAUGCUGGUGGCAGAGCUAAAUUCUCGAAGCAGCUAAAUGAUGGAGAUAUUAAACCCUAUAUCACCCUUACCUUUAUAGACGGUUCCAAGUGGCUGCUUCCUCCUUACAAAUUUUAGAACCUAUUGUAGGAAUAGGAACAUAACUUUGGCAUUAAGCUGCAGGAAAGGCUUGUCUGAGAAAUAAUGUAUGUAUUAUAUAUAUAUAGAGAGAGACACUCACUGAGAAUAUAUAUAGAGAGAGAGAGGGAGAAAAAAAGAGAUGCGCGUAUAUAUAUAUAUAUAUAUAUAUAUAAUAUUUAUAGCAAGAUGUCCAGACAUCUUGAAAGGCUUCAUGGUCUUCUAUUUUCAGCUGUAUAAGAGAGUUAUAGUUCCACAUAGGAUUAAAAUUUAAUGAGCAAAUGUA